CUCAGCUUUCUCUUCCAUACAUGUUUCAACUGCUGAUCGCACUGCAGUUAAAGGACUGGUUUCCCUCCAGCUUCAGCAGGCUGUAACCUUCCCGCCUCCACCCAACAACCAAACCAGUCCUCAUUUCUGUGUGUGCAGCGUGAGCUGAUAGCUCCCCAAUAAUGGAACAGUGUGGGACAGUUGUUCAUGCUGAUGGACAGAAUUCCCUGACAGGGAAUUUUAGAGAGGACAUCACCCUGAUCACUGGAGCUGCUCAGCUGCACGAUGAAUAUCAGAUUAUCUGGUCUCAUGUUCAAAAGGUCUUAAUCAACUAUGAUAACAGAGAAUGGGUAACGAAUGCAGCAAACAAGUACCAGCUGGAUACAAAGACCGGAUCACUCACCAUUCGAUCCCUCAUUGCCAACGACAGCGGACUUUACCAGGUCCAGAUCUUCAGUGGGAGCAAGAGGACAGCAAAGACAUUUAACCUGAGUGUUGUGGGAGCACCAUCCAAAUAUCCUCCAACUCCGGCACAAAAUCCAUCUGCCGAUGACGCUUCUCAGACUUCUUCUUCAGCUGAUCAGCGUCCAACAGAUCCUGAUCCCAACCCACCAACUGGACCUCCACAGCCACUCGGGAUCAUUGGACUGGUUGGACUCUUUUUGGGUCUUGGUGCCUGCACCGUGCUGGUGAUUAUAAAGCGUGAGCCAAUCAAAGGGUUUUUCCGGGGUCGGUUCACACCAUGCAAACCAGAAGAUCCUGGAAAACUGGAGCAGGAGCAGGAGAGGGAUACACUCGUGUGACAGACCGUCCCACAUCAAAGAAGUGGUCGUCUCUCAUGGACACAGUGAAGUUAAACCAGUGGUGGGGAAGGUUGGAGGAGACGUUUGCCUGGUGAUUGGAGCCACUGAAGUAAACGGGGACUCUCACAUCGUCUGGUCUCGUGGUCCAGGGGACAAAGUCAUCAUCAACUGUGACAGAGGAACAUGGCUGAUUAAAGCUUCAGAAAAGUUCCAGCUGGAUGCAAACGGCUCACUCAUGAUUCGAUCCCUCACUGCCAACGACAGCGGGCUCUACUGGGGCCAGAUCUUCAGUAACCUUUGGUCAUCUCAAAAAUUUAACCUGACUGUUGUAGGUGACCACUGGGAUAAGCUCCAGCCCCCCCACAGCCCUGAGCUGGAGGAGAGGAAGAAGAUGGAGGAUGUGGAGCCUGAUCCCAAACCUCCAUCUGCUGGACCUCCACAGAUCAGGACACACUGGAUUGUGAUUGGAUUGUUUGGAUUGGCUGCCCUUCUUGUCUGCAUUGGGCUGGUGGUUAGAAACUGGGAGAAAAUCCCAACAUGUAGUAUGAACAUUAAACAUACUGAAGAGGAAACAUGCACAUAACACAUUUAAAGAGCUGCUGCUGCGAGUUUACCCUGUGAAUUAUGAAAGAUUUAUUCGGCCCUUUAAUCAGCACUUCUGCUCAUCCUCAACAUUUCUUUUCAUCCGGUACUGAACAGGUACAGGUUCAGGUUAGUUUCAGGGAAUCAGUCUCUGAUAACACCAAACAUAUGCAAAAAACACCAAAGGUCAUCUGAGGUCACGGGUGUCACUCAUAACACUGAAAGCUGCUGGCCACCUCAAAGGAAAAUGACUUGAAUUCAUGAGCCUCACUUUUCUCUACGAGCUGCUUUGAACUGGAGUCAUGGUCUCCUACGUGACCUCCACCCCUCAUCAUCUGUGAUCUCCAUAAAGAAGGACAGAGCAUCAUCUUCUUCACACUUUACAAAUGUCACAGUGGCAUCUUACACUGUGGGGUCAUUAGUGUUUCACUGGAGGGUCGAGGUCUGUUAAUGAGGUUCUGCCAUCUAAAAUAAGCUAGGCUUAGUGAACUAGCUGCUUUGCAGGAUUGCUAACAAUACAUUAGCAUUAGCAUUAGCAAGACAAAAGCCAGACCUAGCCGGUCCAAACAGGAAGGAGCUUAUUUCAAUCGUACCAAAAACCUACUGACGAGGAAGCUGGAAGUGCACUGAGAGUGUUUGACUUUUGGUUUUGGUGUUUUAGUGUUAAAUUAAUAUUUCAUUUAAAGAUGCAAAAGACUGCAAAUGCUUUGUGAAGUGGAGGAGUGUUGUGAUGAAUCUGUGCCUGUCUUAAACUUAAAUUAUUAGUAGUUAUUUUAUUGCGCUGCUUCUUUUCAUAUUUUGUUUCAAUAACUAAAGUCCAGAGUGAUUGAGUUUGAAUCUGUUAUGUGGAUAAAGACACACACGGUUCACACUGUGGCCAAAGUUGGCAGUUACAGCUUUACAGACUGAAGGUGGUCCAGCACGUCGUGGAGCAUGAAAAGCACUUUAAUAUGAGACUUUAAGGGUUUAUGAUUAAAUAUGGCUCAUUGUCUUCCUGCUGUAAUGGUCAGUGUGUUGACUUGAUUUGUGCCUUGCUGCUCUGUGUCUGUGAUGAAGUCCAAAUAAAGGAGCCUAAACACUAAA